AUGGCAGAUCACAAGCCUUCAAAGCUGAACCCAGAAACACACCUGAUUCUUGAUCAACCCCUCCUCCGUCUCCCAUUCGAGCUUCUCCGCAAGAACUUCAAAGUCGCCCAACGUAGUGUCGAACUCCACAGUAGCGCUGUCAAAACCUCAUUUCGCGAGUUAGCCAAUUCCUCAUUAGACGCCAACUCCUCUCCAGAUGAAGUCCUGAAGAAUGUUGAUUCAAUGCUGGCUCGCAUGAGAGGGUUGAAACGUAAACUCACAGAAUGUCAAGAGGAAGAAGCUAGACUGCAGCAACAAUCUGCGAGUCGCAUAAAGCACUUGGCCGAACUAUAUGGUAUGCAGAGUUAUGAAGAUGUCAAAUACGAGCAAUGGAGUCGAACGAGACUGGACCGUUUACUGGUCGAUUAUAUGUUGAGAAACGGGUACAAGGAGAGUGCAUCUGUGCUGUCGAAGGAGAGAGGUAUAGAGGAACUAGUGGAUGUUGAGACAUUCCUCAAGAUGAGCAAAAUCAGGGAAAGCUUGAGGUGUGGGAGGGUCAAUGAAGCUUUGAGUUGGUGUUCUGAAAACAAGAAGGAUUUGAGAAAGAUGGAGAGUAACUUCGAAUUUAUGCUCCGAUUCCAACAGUAUAUCGAAUUAGUUAGAACACAAGAUCCCGCUAAACUAAUUGAGGCAAUAACGCAUGCCAAAAAGUUCCUCAUUCCUUAUAAAGAAACCUAUCCGAAGGAGGUCUCUCAAGCAUGCGGUCUUCUUGCCUUUCCACCGGGCACUCGAGCGGAGAUAUAUACACAGCUAUACAGCCCCCAGAGAUGGACGACCCUUGCAAACAAGUUUAUGGAAACUCAUAAUUUGCUCCUCUCCCUCCCCUCCGCACCACUCUUACAUAUCGCCCUCUCAGCCGGUUUAUCGGCACUGAAAACUCCUUCGUGUCACUCGUCACAUCUUUCCUCCUCCAUCUCGCCCACUUCACACUCAAGCAUCACAACCUCCAUCUGCCCAAUUUGUUCUACGGAAGUCAAUGACCUAGCUAGGAAUGUACCAUGGGCACAUCACACAUCGAGUCAUGUGGAAAGUGAUUUGGUUCUGUUGCCAAAUCGGAGGGUGUACGGGACGGGACGUUUGGAGGAGUAUAGUAGGAAAGCUGGGUUGGCGCCGGGUAGGGUCAAAGAUUUGAGGACGGGUGAUGUGUUUGAUGUCGAGGAAUUGAAGAAGGUGUAUAUCUCGUAG